CUGCUGCCAGCCGACGCAGUCAAGAGAAUAAGCGAUAGAGGUGUCGGCGAGCGGUCGACAAUAUGUCUGGGGUGCUCUUCGAGGAUAUCUUCGAGGUGGGGAAGCUCAAUCCAGAUGGAAAGAAGUUCGACAGAGUCAACCGGCUGGAGUGCAAGGGUGUGACCUACGAUAUGGAUCUCCUGCUAGACACGAACUGCGACAUUUACCCGGUGAAGGAAGGGGAGCGAUUAACCUUUGUGAUAGCCAGCACGCUGGAUCUGAGCGGCAAGCCCGACGACGGCACUUACAAGCCACUGGGGGAUGAGGUGUCCCUGGCGGACAAGUACGAGUACGUGAUGCACGGGCGAGUGUACCGAUUCGACCAGCAGAAGGACACGAAGGUCCAGGUGUUCGCCUCGUUCGGGGGACUGCUGAUGCGCUUGACAGGGGACCAGCGACAUGUUGCCAACAUCGAGGUGGACUCGCGGGUGUUUUGUCUGCUUCGACGAAACGCGUGAUGCGAUGACGCCACCAGAGAGCAACCAAGGGGGCACAGGCGACAACAAAACCAUCACGAAGGAACACGUUGUAGUGCAGGGUAACCACGCCGUGUGUUGGUAGAAGGGACAUCGUUGGAUACGCAACCGUUCCCAGGGGGCUGUGUGUCUAGAACUCCACAAAAACACGGAUUGUUCCGAAAGGUGGGGAGGGGGAGAGGGCGUAGGGCGUAGGGCGUCGCGUGGCCGUACAUGGGAGCAUGUUACGCUGUCUCGCGAGUUUGUGUGGAUAGGGGGCAUAUAUAAGGAUAUUACGUUCGCGGCUCGCGACCAGUGUCUGAGCUGUUGUUGUUGUUGCGUGCACUUGCGUGAGGUGUAUGCUAGGGGACGCAAGAGAGUGUGAGGUCAUUAUACAGUUUGGGGCGGGCGGUAGUAUUAUUUUAGCGCGCUUACCGUUUGGACGUAGCGUUCUAAACACGCGGGCGCAUACAUGUGGAUCAAUACUGGACGGAGCGUGUUUUUUUGCAACUUCCCCAUACCACGCAGCCUGUUGAAUACGAUCUGACGUUUCCGGAUGCUCGGUUUCGACUGAGAGGAGCCCAUGGUGACGGCAAUAGAAAGCGCGCGAGCUUCUAUUUCUGCCCGCUGCCGCUGCUUUGACUUCUGCUGCCAACACUGGCGGCUUUGGCUCU